AUGCCCCCCGGCGCGCACCCCGACCGCGAGACGCACAACAAGGAUCAAGCGUCCUUCUUCGACGCGCAGGUGGACUUCUUCCAGGGCGAGCAGCCGGCGGAGGUGGUCGAGCGCCUCGGCCGCACCGUCGCUGCGGCGCUCGCAGGCAUGCCGUCUGACGCGCGUGUGCUUGACGUAGGGUCCGGAACGGGCUGCCUCAUUCCGCACAUCCGCGAGGCCGGCGCGAGCGACAUCCUCGCGAUCGACCUCUCCAGCAGCAUGCUCGCAGCGCUCGAGGGCCGGUUCGGCCAGCCCGGCAACGUUGCCGGCAACGACGCCGUCGUGCGCACGUGGCGCGGCGACGUGUGCGACCUCCCGGACUACAUGGGGCCGUUCCACGUCGCCUUCUUCAACGCGAUGUUCGGGAACAUCUACGACCAGCGCGCGGCGCUUAUCCGCAGCGCGCUGUUGUCGCGCCCCGGGUCGCGCAUCGUGCUCUCUCACCCCCUGGGCCGCGGGUUCGUCGACAAGCUGCACGCCGCCGACCCCGUGCGCGUACCGUGGUCGUACCCGACGCGCGAGGAGCUCCAGGCGAUGAUAGCGGACCUGCCGCUGCGCGUUGCGUCGUUCAUCGACGACGCUGACAACUACGCCGCCGUGCUCGAGGUCCCCGCGGGAUACACGUUCGAGGGCGCGCCGCUGCGGGCGGCGGGGAGGGUGGUGCACGGCGCGGGGCGUGGGAGCAGCAAGAUGGGCACGCCAACGGCAAACAUCGACCCGGCCGACUGCGGCGACGUCUUCGCGGCGCGGCCCGCGGGCGUGUACUUCGGCUGGGCGCGGAGGGAGGAGGGCGACGGCGCGGUGUACCCGAUGGUGAUGAACGUCGGGCAGCGCCCCACGAUCGACGACGGCUCCGGCGUCACCGUGGAGGUCCACGUCAUCGGCAACCCGUACGGGGCGGAGGAGUUUUACGGCCAGCGCAUGCGCGUACUCGUGUCAGGCUUCCUGCGCCCGGAGAUCCGCUUCGGGAGCAUCGACGAGCUGGUCGCGCGCAUCAAGGCGGACAUCGGCCUCGCGAACGCGCAGCUGGGCGGACCCGUCCACCAGCAACACAAAACGGACGCCUUUCUGCAAUGA